AUGGAGGCUGCACCUCUGCGCUGCGCCGUGUCGAUUGGCUGGGCGCCUCCACGGCACUGCUGCCAAUCAACCGUAAGCCCCGCCCCCCGCCCCUCCGAAGAGCGUGUAUAUGUGUGUGAGGAAGUAAACGCGCCGCCAUUUUGCCGGCGUGGGACGGGUGGUAGUAGCGACAGAAUGAAAUCUCUGACUCCUUCACCAAAAGUAGUUGAUAUGAAUCUGAAGAUCACUCAUAUAGAGUGCCAUCCAGAAUGCGUGGUCAUAGUUUUCAAAGGUCAAUGCAAGGUGGGGUGUGAACUUGACUACCACAUACUGCAAAAUGAAAUGCAACGUGUAUUCAAAGUAAAAGAUAACGUUGACAUUGGUGGAUCUUGUUUGGUGGAAGAUGCGGAAGGAAAAUGGCAUAGAGGAAAAGUUCUGGAAAAGAAAGAGAAUAUCUGUAAGGCCUUUCUUAUAGACACUGGACAGGUGCUAGUGGUUGAGGAAAUACAUAUUGCUUCUGCUGGUGAUGAUUUUUUUCAGCUGCCUCCAAAAGUAGCUUGGGGGAUUUUUGCUAACAUACUUCCUCUUGGAGAAAAAUGGGGUCCAAAAGCCAUAAACUAUUUUUCAUCACUGGUAGGAUUGCAGAUUACAGGUCAUGUGAAAUCUGUGACAUCAUACCAACUGUUUAUUCUGGAAGUACCAAAGGUCAUUAGUGAUAUUCUUGAACUGCAGUUAGGAAAACUUAUUGAUGGAGAUUCCUUUUGUCUUAUUGUAGAAAUGUUGAAAGUGUUUCCACCAGAAACAUUUAAGAGAAUGCCACAGUUGUUGCAACAGAAACGUCCAGUCCAGGAAUUGCUUACUUUUAGUAAUUCUGAGAAACCAUCAGACUUUUGGCCAGUUCCAGAUCUCUUUCCACGUCUACCAGCUGGUAGUAAAGUAAAUGUAAAAAUAACUGUUGCAAUAAGCCUGGGUGAAUUCUACUGUCAGAUACAGGAACGGCAGAAAGAGCUGGAAAAUUUGACAGAAGCUAUGUGUUUGUACUAUGAAGCUAUCAGUACAGAGAAUAAUACAUCUUUUGAUAGUUUAGGGCUACUUUGUGCUGCUAAAAGGCAAAAUGGACAGUGGCAUAGAGGAGUGAUAAAACAGCUGCUGCCCAACCACGUGGAAGUCUGGUUCAUGGAUUUAGGUAGUAUUGAAACUGUGCCAUCUAGUUGUGUUCAGAAACUUAACGUAGAGUUCAUGUCGCUGCCUAUGAUUUCAUUUCCAUGUGCGCUGUCUUGUUCUGGGAAUCAGGAUGAAGCAAUAAUAAAUCUUCAGCUGAAAAGAUUUAUACAGGCCUUGACAGGACAGACUUCUGUGUGUGUCUGUGUUGAUUUAUUCAAUGCCAGGAAACACUUGUAUUAUAUUACGCUGCAAAAUCAAAAUUUUGGAAUUAAUGCUAAGCAUCCAGAGAACUUGAAUGAGGCGGCUGCAUCAUUUGUCCCACCUUUGGAAACAAAAAUCUCUAGCACUGGUGUAAGCUACAAAGCACGUGUCUGGAGUUCAUCUAAAAAUCGCACUGGAAAUAAACAGACAAAGAACUGCUUACCUGAAUGGGAUAGGUCUUUAUCAAGCCACUGCAAAAGGGUAAAAAUGCAGAUGAAUACUUCCUAUACUGCUUUCGUGGUAUAUGUCAUAAAUCCAUCCAACUUCUGGAUUCAGACAUGUGCAUAUCAGAAAGAAUUUCGAGCCCUGAUGAAAAAUAUUGCAGAUGCAUAUAACCACUGUGGAGCUGGUGACUGGGUCCUUGAAAACCCAGAACCUGGACUACUGUGCUGUGCCCGGUAUAGCAAAGAUAUGCAUUAUUAUCGGGGUGUUGUCACUGAAGUGCUUCAUGUAAGCGUUACUGUCUACUUUUUAGAUUUUGGGAAUACAGAUACAGUACCCUGUUAUGAUGUGAAAACAUUGCUUCCAGAGUUUGCUGCUUUGCCGGCUUUAGCUGUGUGUUGUGAACUUGCUUGCACUUUUCCUGUUGAAGAUGUGUGGGUUAAAAAGGAAACUGAUUUCUUCAAACAGAUUGUAUUUAACAAACUGCUGCUGUUUCAGGUCAUUGGAAAGCAAAACAACAAAUACAUUGUUAAUGCACAGUACAGGAAUGCUGUGCAGGAAAGUAAUGUUGCUGCACUUAUGGCUCAGGCUGGAUAUGCAGAAUACUGGGAAAGAAGACCAGUUUCUGCUCUAAAUCUGUCAAAAAAACGUCAAGCCCAGAAUCCCCUCCAGUUAAAGCAAAAAUAUGUAAAUGCACGGUGUACCUCUGAUAUUUAUAAAAAUAAUCUAUCACAAAAUAGACAGGUAUUUGAACAGGAAAAAACAUUAAGCACGUCUUCUAGGCUGAGAAAACCAGUGACACUGUCCUCCUUUGGAAAAGAUGCUCUCUCUGAAAAUCAUAAGGUCAGGUCUCAGUCAUUUUCCCAGGUCCCAGUACCUGAGAAAAAAAUAUUUUAUAAAGAGCUUGUGUUUAAACCAGGAGCUGUUUUUGAAGUGGUGUGUUCUUACAGUGUUUCCCCAGCAGAGUUUUCAUGCCAGUUGCAGAGUAAACUGCCAGAGCUAAAUACCUUAAUGAAGCAAAUCCAGACUUACUAUAAAGAGCAUACCAUUCCUUACAAAACUGGGCAGGUUGCCUGUGUUGUUAAAUGUCCCAAAGAUGGGAAGUGGUACAGAGCUAGUGUUUUGCAGCAAGUGUCCACAAAUGAAGUUGAUGUGUUCUUUGUAGACUAUGGUUAUCGGGAAAGAGUUCUACUUAAUGAUCUUCAAGCUGUCCUUCCAGAUUUCCUAACUCUGGAAAGUCAAGCCUUUCAGUGUGCGCUUAAAAAUGUACCCUUACAGAUUGAUUCACUUAAUUGGCCUGAAGAAAAGUGUAGACAUUUUAACGACUUCAUUUCUCUUGCUAGAGGACCACUGACUUGCACUGUCUACGCUCUAAUUCUUUUAAGUCCAAACUGUUUAUGCAAUAUAGUUGACUUACAGACUCCAUUUAUUAGUGCGGAGGAGUUUCUCAGGGAAUGUGGACUCAACCAGUCUGAAUAUAUUGGAUUGCAAAGACUUGCACCUCUGGGUUCCAUGUACAGUUUUUAUUACUCAUCUUUUAAUAUAGAAAUUGGAAGCGAGGAGGAGGUUUAUAUAACUCACAUACAUAGCCCUUCAAAAUUCUAUUGCCAGCUUAAUCGAAACAGUGAAACGAUAGAGGUAUUGAUGGGAAAUGUUACUGAAAUAAGUAAGAUGGCAAAUCAUGCAAAAUAUGAUACCAUCAGUACGCGAUUAUGUAUAGCCAGAUAUUUUGAAGAUGGUCUGUUUUAUAGAGCUUUGGUUUUUCCUGUGGAAUCAACAUCCUAUCUAUGUGCUGACUUUGUGGAUUUUGGAAAUAAGCAUAUGGUAGAGAGAGACCAAUUGAUGCCUAUUCCAGACUCUGCCACUGACUUAAUAUUCACACCCAUGCAAGCCAUUAAAUGCUGUCUGUCAGAUCUUAAGGACGCAAAAUUUCCAGCAAGGGUUAUUAGAUGGUUUGAGGAAACUUUCCUUGGUAAGCUGCUGAAAGCUGUAAUUGUAUCCAGAGAAUCAGAUGGCCAGAUUGUUGUGGAGUUGUAUGAUGGAGAGCUCCAAGUAGGUCAGAAAGUUAAAGAAAAAAUAUUAGAAGAAUUGGCUUAUGUGACAAAUUAUACAGAACAACUUGUUGGAAGUUAUGGAGUGAUGCAACACAUAGAUAACAAAAAUAAUGGUGAAAUAAAUGUUGAAAGUCCUGAAAGGAUUCAAUUGAAAAAUGAACUGGAAUUUCAAGUAGACAGUAAGUAUUACCAGGCAGAUAAUGGACAGAAUUUUGGAGAUGAAGAACAAAUUACAUGUAGAACACAAAACCAGUGUUGUGGGUCCUCAGAGCUGGUAACUUCAGAGGGCAGUGAAGAACCAGGUUUUCUAAAACCUUACAGUGCUGCUAUGGAGCACAGAGAGAAACCUCUGGAUGGAAAGUCUGCUUCUCAAUCACCGUGUCAUCCUUCUUUAAGUUUAAAGGAAAUAACUGUAAAUGCUCUCUCUGAAUCUUGUACUGAACAACUAAAUUAUACAGGUCAGCAGGAAAGGGAUAAUGAAAAUAUUCCAAAAUUAAUCAGUCUUCCUCAACGUGGUAUUCAGGUGAAUUCUGAAGUAGCAGGGUAUAUUUCUCAUAUAAAUAGUCCAUCGAGUUUCUAUAUUCAGUUUGCAGAGGAUGAAAACUUAAUAAUUCAACUAGCAGAAGAAUUAAAUGAAAGCAUGGUGAAUAUAGGUCAUGACAAUGGCUUAGGUGAGCUCAUGGUAGGGGAUCUCAUUUUAGCAGAGCAUGCCAUUGACUAUUUUUACUAUAGGGCAGUUAUUAAAACUCUGAAAUCAGGAAACUCCUUUGAGGUAGAGUUCAUUGACUAUGGCAAUACAGCAGUUGUAAGCCUUUCCAAAAUGUGCAGGAUUCUGAAAAAGUGGUUAACUUUGCCAAGGCUCAGUAUUCAUUGUUUCCUUAGUGCAGUGAAAAGUGCUCCUGAUGAAAGCUGGACUAAUGAAAGUACUUCCUAUUUUGUAAACAAAAUAAAUAAUAAGUUAGUCACUUGCAAAUUCUUAGAGCAAGAUGGAGAGCAGUGGAAAGUGGAUAUAAUUUGUGAUGGAAAGUCUAUCUCUGAUGGCUUUCAGCAGAAGAAAAGUGGCAGGACAAGUUUGCAAAACAAACCAAUAUUUAGUUGGGAACAUAUGCCAAAACAAAUUCUGGUUACAAAUGAUAAUCCUCAAGAUAGAAAGUCUGUGAGUGACUUAGGUGGUCAAAGGAAAAAUCAGAGUGCUAAGAUGAAAAAUAAUUCUAAAAUGUGCUUAAACGUCCCUCCUCAAGAUCUAAACACUGACCAAGUAGAAAGAGCAGAAAUAAUUAAUGCUUCAGCGGGUGGAGAAUUUCAUGUACAGUUACUUAAAAAUCUGCAAAUAUUAAAUGAUUUAAAUGUCAUGCUGGUCAAAGAAGCACAAAGAAGUGGUUUACUUAUGGUGGAUAACAUUGAAGAAGGGUUGGAGUGCAUGGUAAAAUCUGAAAGGAACUUAAAGUGGUAUCGAUCGAAAGUGAUAAAGAUGUUUAUCAGGGAGAGGUUAAUGCUAGUUUUUUUUAUAGAUUAUGGCAACUAUGAGAUGGUGUCCUUAAAUAAUGCAAAGAUUCUCAGUGAUGAGAUGAAAAGCAUUCCUAAACAAGCUGUGCUUUGUGAAUGGGUUUGGUUAAAAAAAAUGAAUAAGGUUCCAUUUGUCCAUGUAGUAAAUGCACUCCUAGAUGGUGGAAUAAGGAUCUUGUUUCUGAGAUACUUGGAAUCUUCUCAUAUCUGGGAAGUAGAUAUCUUAGUAGGGAAAGUUCUGCUUCAGGAAUAUUUGAAUCAGCUCUUAACAACUGUUGUUGGACUGGAAAAAUCCAGUAAUACAGACUGUAUGGAGUUCCAGGAGUCAUACAGGAUAAAUUCAAUCACAUGGACACUGCUGCAGAGUGGCAGAAGGUAUCCUGGGUUUGCAACUGCAGUUACUGAUCCUUCAAACUUCAGCAUCCAGUUUGAAGACUUAUUUGAUUCCAUGAAAAACUUGUCUUUGCUGCUCUCUGAUGUUCCUGACGACUUGCCAGCUUUGCCAGAAGAACUUGUGUCUCCUGGUAACAGCUGCUUGAUCCAGUUUGGACUGGAAGGACAGUGGAACAGAGCACAAAUUAGUGAAGUGACAAGUCAGUCUGUUGUUCUUACAUUUAUUGAUUAUGGCUUUCUGAAAAGCAUCCCUUGCUCAGAAAUCCAUAGACUUAAAGUUAUUCCAGAAAGUCUGUCUUAUUUACCACACUUGGCUUACUCUUGCUGUUUACAUGGUAUAGUUCCUGCCACAGGGGAAUACUGGAGUGACAAAGCCAAAUUUCUGUUUCAAAAGCUUCUUAGUAAACCAGAUCUCAUAUUCCAUUUUAAGCACUAUGGCUCUGGAAUGAGGUUAGAGGUUGAUGUUCUGUGUGAGGAGAAUAAUCUCGCUUGUGCCUUAGUUGCUGCUGGCCAUGCAGUCUACUCUGCAGGUAGGUGCUGCCGCAUUGCAGUUGAUGGAGUUGAAUCAGCCAAAACGUGCUUGCAGCCUAAUUAUCCAAAUUCUAAUUGCUGUGGUUUCUUUUGUGAACCAAAUUAUACCUAA